CCUGGUUACGCAACACCGCGUCGAAUUAACGAAACCUCCGUAGCACGUGUCUUGCCUGUGCGAAAGUAGUGGUGUAGCCAACGCCGAUUGGUGCAGGCGUAUUGACGAUUUUGCACGCUGCUUGUGUAACUUCGACCCAAAAUGAAGCAUCGCAGACUAAACCUUCAGCGCAGGUGCCAAUGGCCAGCAGGCGUAUGUUUCAGGUGACCGAAUCCCUCAGCUCGGUCGGGGUCGUACGCGAUCUAGCCCCCUGCCAGUUGCACAACACCAUCCACUACCUGGUGUGCAGCCGGGGCAACAGUAUCAGCAGCCAGGGUCGCAGCCACAGCCGGCCAUGUGGUGGCCCAACUCUCUGUUCCGCCUGAUCCGGCCCCCCGUACUAGUGUUCCCACCUGCAGUGGCCUCACCUUGUGCUGUUGUACAUCCGACGACCAACAGCGUUGGCCCGACUGUGGGUAGAGGGCCCCUGCCGGCCGCAACCUGGAUUGCCCUAGGCAGGGCACGAAUGCUGCAUGCCAACAGCCAGGCUUCCGGUGCCAUGGCUGCCCAGCCUGAUAUUUUGCUGGAUGCCAGCCACUUACCAUUGCCCUCCAGUCGGCGCCGGCCAGGUACACCAGAGGUCAGUGACCUUGCUGACCAUUCCUCUGCGGCCAAGCCGAAGAGGCGCUUCUCAGAGCAACCGCCCCCCAAGGUGGUGAUGGACGUCACUGACGCCGUGCUCAAUGACAACAGCACGAACAGCAGUGUCGACCACUGCAGCACACCGUCCCCCGUGGCAGCGCAUGACCCCGUCCUUGCUGCUGCGAACGUGCGUGAGCGUGUGCGGAGGAGUCGGUACUGGGUGCCCACCGAUUUGGGCCAGGUGCACGGCGGAAGCGGCGGCUCUGGCGGUGGCCUGGUGUUCACGGUGAUGUCGUACAAUGUUCUGGCCCAAGGGCUCCUGGAGGACAACCCCUACCUGUACCAGCACUGCCACGAGGAUGUGCUCCAGUGGACCCUGCGCCGAAAGAACCUCCUCGCUGAGCUCAAGGAGAUCAAUGCUGACAUUCUCUGCCUCCAAGAACUCCAGCAAGACCAUUACGAGACGGACUUCAAGCCCGAGCUGGAGAAAAUGGGUUAUGGCUGCCUAUACAAACAGCGCACUGGUGACAAGCGAGAUGGCUGUGGCAUUUUCUUUCGCAAGUCUGUUUUCGAGCUGGACUGCUUCGAGCCGAUCGAGUACGCCCGCUCCGACGUUACCGUCCUCGACCGUGACAAUGUUGCUCUCAUUGCCAUGUUGAAGCCGGUUGCUGGCAAUGCCAAGUUUGGUGCAGAUUUCCGGCUGUGUGUGUCGACGACUCACCUGCUGUUCAACCCACGCCGCGGAGACAUCAAGCUCGCCCAGCUGUGCCUCCUGCUUGCCGAGAUCGACCGGCUGGCAUUUCGCGGAGACUCGCCGGAUGGCACGCCGUUGUACGUUCCCAUCCUCUUGUGCGGAGACAUGAACAGCGAGCCGCACUCACCCCUCUACACUUUUCUCACCCGUGGAAGCCUGUGCUAUGAGGGGCUUCUCUCAGGCGACGUUUCCGGGCAGAGCGACGGUGCAAACCGCGGAAAAUAUGUGCCCCUCGCCAGCAGCCUUCGUCAGCUGAACAUCUCCGGUUCGUCCCGGUACCUGCCUGCACCGGCCAAGGAACCUGCAUCUCAAAACGUUGAUGCUCCCUCCAAUUCAACGCAGCCAGCCGCUGAAUUUAACAGUACUCUUAACCUUGUGCAAUGCAAAUCUGCAAUAAGUGACAUGGCUGCCAAGGAGGAGUCGACGAGUGGUUCUUCGAGGAAGGACUCGCCAUCAAAAUUGGCUACAAACAGUGCCUCAAAGGACUCGCAAGCAAAAAGUCCACCCGCGGAAGACACGGCACCGGCGGCAAAUGCUUCUGAUGCAAAUGACUCAACGCCGGCCAAGGAAAGCCGGCAGCGGGUCGUGAGGCACUUCUUGAACCUGAUCUCUGCCUACAAGCACAAUGUCAAAGGCGCCAAUGCCGAGGUGACGACGCACCACCAACGCGCGAGUUGCACCGUCGACUACAUCUUCUACUCGGUGAAAAGAAAGGACACCAUGUUCAGGGAGGGCCAAGUGAAACAUGCCUGCGUCAUCGAGGGACCGCUGCGAUUGCUGGCAACGUACCGCUUGAUGUCGCAAAGCCAGCUCGUGGCCGUCGGUGGGCUGCCUAACGAAGUACAGUCGUCGGACCAUCUUCCCCUGAUCGCCAAGUUCUUGCUUAGACCACCGAGCUAGUGUUGACGACAACCGAACAUCAGUACCGCUCUAUCAUUGGACUAAAGUCAGUGUAAAUAAUGUCGCUUUUAAAACAAACGCUAUGACUUUUUCAUUUUCCAGGCACCACUGAAGCAGCAACAGAGGGGCUGUAGUCAUCAAUAAUGUGUGUGCUGCAUUCGAGAGGCAUUACUUCUUUCUUCGGCCAACUGCACCCUUGUUGUUUGGACGUUUAGAACAUAAUGUUACUGUAGUUUUUGGGAGACGCUGCUUAUCAUCAAUGCCUGCAACGAAGCAGCCGAAUCUUUACUGGUUUUAAUGCAGAUUCCUGUACAAAUGUCUCAGUACUUAUGUAUAAUUAAUAGUGAUAACGGAAAAAAAUUUGGAAUGGGAAAUUCUUAUUUGAUGCGCUAUUAGCAUACCCUGAAGCCUGAGCAAUUCAUAAGUUUUCCCCAGCUUUUGAAAGCAUGCAAGAACUUUUUGCUGGAAUGACAGCCGAAUUAUUUUUCCGUGAAUAAAUGUUGGAUUCAAGUAUUUAGCCUAC